CGCAGGGGAAUCGCUGGUUUAUGAGCGUGUGCUGCUGGAAGUUCGCUGUAGCAAGAGAAGCUCCUCUGCCUCAGCCCUGAUAUCUGUUCAUUGAAGGUGCGCAUUUGUAGCUUGGCAGCAGGAGGGCUGCGGGGAAUAGAGUGGAUACGUUAUAGAAGGCACAGGCUGUGGAUGCUGAGUUAGGGGGUCGCGUUUCCUGAAAGAUGCCCAAGCUGUAAAUCCUGACCCUUCUGUGUCUCUGUGACUGUUGCUGGAAGCUGAAGGAUACCUGCCGCCCAAGGACACUUUCCCUUUACUUCACUGCCCAGGUUCCGGCUGUCUCUCCCCUCACUGGCUGUCUCUCCCCUCACUGGCUGUCUCUCCCCUCACUGGCUGUCCCUUACACAGAGCACAAGAUGACUGCACAACAUUCUCAACAUGGCCGUCUCCAUACCACUUUUGGUUUGAACGAACCCUACAUUGAAAUAUUUGAACAACCCCGACAAAGAGGGAUGAGAUAUAGAUACAAAUGUGAAGGCCGAUGUGCUGGCAGCAUACUUGGUGAGACUAGCACUGAGAACAACAGGACAUAUCCAUCUAUCAAGAUUAUGAAUUAUACUGGAAAAGGGAUAUUAAGGAUCACGCUUGUUACAAAAAAUGAACCCUACAAACCUCACCCCCAUGACUUGGUUGGCAAAGACUGCCGGGAUGGAUAUUAUGAAUUAGAAUUUGGUUCGGAUCGCACAGUUUUAUGUUUUCAGAACUUGGGUAUUCAAUGCGUUCGUCGAAAAGAAGUCCGAGAGGCAAUCCACACCCGAAUAAUGCGCAAAAUGAACCCUUUUGGUGUACGAGAGGAUCAGCUGCUCACUAUUGAAGAUUACGACCUAAAUGUUGUGCGCCUGUGCUUUCAAGUCUUUCUUCCUGAUGAACAUGGCAGCUACACCAGAGCUCUACCGCCCGUUGUAUCCAACCCAAUUUAUGAUAACCGUGCUCCAAACACAGCUGAGCUGAGGAUAUGUCGUGUCAACAAGAACUGUGGAAGUGUAAAUGGUGGAGAUGAAAUAUUCCUCCUGUGCGAUAAAGUUCAGAAAGAUGACAUAGAAGUCAGGUUUUUUACAGACAACUGGGAAGCCAAAGGGACAUUCGGACAAGCCGAUGUACACCGUCAGGUAGCCAUUGUCUUCAAAACGCCCCCAUUUCAUAGAUCCAUCACUGAUGCUGUAACUGUGAAAAUGCAACUUCGAAGGCCUUCUGACCAGGAGGUCAGCGAACCAAUGGAUUUUAGAUACCUACCUGACCCAGAAGACCCACAUGGAAACAAGUUCAAAAAGCAGAAGACCUCCGAAGUGAUGCAGAAGUUCAAAUUUGAAAUGCAAGAUAGACGUGACCUAAAUCCUCCCACAUUCGGUGUAAAUCCAAUUAAGAGAGAACAUUUCACCAAUUCAUCCGGGUGUGGACAACGUUUCCUUCCAAUGCUCCCAACAAAGCCAGCUUGUGCAACUUAUAACAAUACCACCUCUCCACAAUCAAGGGUGCCAAAAUUCAAUUCAAAUAUCCAGCCAAGUCUUUCUCAGUUGCCUGUUCUAAACUCUGCCAUGCAAGAUAACAUGCACAGCACAAGCACCAUGAACAUCAUGGAAACUUUGAGGACAGCUCCAUCCCAGCCAAACACUCACAAACUCCCAUACACUGAGCCCACUCACCCUAGACCUGAGGUAGCCACCAGCAAUACUACCAGUAUGUUCAGACCCUUUUUCAAUUAUAAUGUUCCCAGCUGCCCUAGUGUUCCGUGUGAAAUUGAUUUAUAUAAAGCACCUUCAAAUCACAUGGAUAUAAGUGACAUAGGUCAACUGACCAGUGCAGUAAAUGCUCCCAGUAUCUCAAGUUUAUGUAAUGGUGUUCAGCCCAUUAAUAUAUAUUCAACACAGUUUAGUUACCACCAUGCAAUGAGUGAGUCAAGGCUACCAGACACCAGCGGUGCCCCUCCGCACAGCACAUCUAUGGGCCAUGAAAUUUUCUCAGACAUCGUACAAAGUGAUGACAAUUAUAUUAGUGUGGAAUCUGAACUUGAUAGCAUAUUGCAGAACUUUGGAAGCUCAAGUGAAAUGUUACACGACUAGCGAUGGCUCAGAUGCUUGGAAGGUCUCAAUCCGGCCUUGUUGCACUUUCGGUAAGAAAGUUUACUGCCGUAUCCAUGAUAUGGGCCCCUAUUUGACAUGUUUGGCUCCUUUAUACAGGACCCCAUUUUAACCCUGAAGUCCAUGAAGUAUAUGGCUUAUAACUAUUAUUCCGAAAGGACAUAAUAUUCUGUGCUAAACCUUAGUUAGUGUCUUGCCCUUGCAAAGCAGUAUCUGGCAUAAUGUAAGGAUGGGCAGCUUUGUUCCAAGUUACCCUCAUUAAAGUGCCAGUAAUGUGCUAUAAGUGGAAGAGGAUCAUCUCCUGAUGGUCAUUGGGACCUUUUGUACUGUUUUUAAGCACUGCACUAUAUUAAUAUCCUUUAUAUAUAGUAAUUUUCCAUCCAGUAGCGAGCUGCUUGACGCAGUAGUUCUGGGAUGGAAAUAAUUAUUAGCACAAUGUAAUGACUGUGUCAUUGUAUACAGAUCUAGGCUAUAAAAACAUGUCAAAAUGUAUAUAAUACUUCCAAUAAGGCCUAAUUAUUAACUGUGAGAUUAAGGAUUUUUUUUCCAUUCUAAAUGAAUGUUCAGUGAUAUUGUGCAGUAAGUAUGAGGCAAGUGUUCUCCAAAGAUAACUCUAUUUGCCCCUUUGUUAGAAGUCCCCAGUCUGACAUUCACCUAAAGAUUACGACUCACAGAAUUUUGUUGCUGUAAAAUUUCCUGUAAAAAAGGAAUGGGGACAAACAUUUGAAAUCAGCCAGUGAUGUCUACCUUCCGUGGUAAUGACCAGCAGCCUACAGAUGUCUUUUUAAUGGGGGACAUGUAAGUUUCAUUAGGCCGUUAGCUAAAAGAGAUUUGGAUUAACAGUUUCAUUGUUAAUUCAAUUGAAUUCCAAAGUUCAUGAGUUCAGAAAAACAGAAGAUUUCUUUAUUGUAGCCAUACAGGAGCCUAAUGUAGGGCUGAUCCUAAUCAUUGUCCUUAUAAAAGUAUAAUACAUUACAGAUUUAUCAAUGUUAAUGUUCAAUGCGCAAAAACUCCCAAAUUCAACUUAGAUGUUUAAUAUUUAUAAAGCACAAAAAAUACAUAAAAAAAAAAGACUCAAAUGUAAGCAUUCGGCACCUAAAAGCGUGCAAGUUCAUUUAGAAGUCAAUGGGAGUUCUCCUAGGCAAUUAGUUUUUUCUAUCUUUACCAAAGGUCGAGAUAGAAAACAAAUUUCACCAUGAGAAAAUGUAGAAAUAGAGAGUUGAUCUCAACAUUUUUUGUUUCAAGAUUUAAUAGACUGACUCAAUAGACACAAAGCAGCCAAUAGACAGCAAUUAAAUGAAUCCUGUACUUUUUCUUUUAUUAGCAUCGUGCCCGUUUAGAUGUUUUUUUUUAUCCUUUAUUCCAGAAAGGAUAAUGAUUUACAUGUUUUCUAAUUUUCUGCCACUGAGUGGAGGUUUCUUUAUUUUUGCUAAGCAAGGUGUCGCUGAUACCCCUGUGCGGGUGCGGCUAUACUCAUUUCCCCACUGGGAAUGUACCUACAGGUAUGGCAUCCGUUAUCCGAAAGCCUGUUAUCCACAAAGCUGCAAAUUGGGUUAUAUCCCGUUGGGCAAUAAUUAUUUUUUAGUACACAAAAUAUGGAGAUCCAACUUAAGUAAAGAUCCCUUAUCUGGAAAACCCCAGCCCACAGCAUUCUGGAUAACAGGUCCCAUACCUGUACAUCUAUUUUAUAUUUAGAUUUAUACAUAUAAAGAGUAGGAAAAUAAAUAGGACUUGGGUGUAUCUUGAUGAAAAUGUGUUCUACAAAAUUUAUGUUUAUUAAAUAAACACUUUUAUAUACAUACAUACAUAUAUAUAUAUAUAUAUAUAUAUAGAUACCAAAGAGAGUUUGCAUCCUUACUAAGUUAACUGUUACUAAAUUGUGUGUACAUUUUGUGAUUUAUAUAAACCUGCUUUUUCAAUUCUGUAUUUUUAAAAUAAGAGCAGAUUUUAGGGAUUUCUAAUAAGGUCUCUUAAGUGGAACCUUCCAUUUCCUCUGGAAGAGCAGGUGUCCAUGACAAUGAUCUGUUGUAUGCAGAAGGGUCUGAUAAAGGGACACUUUCCUGGGCUUGUGAUUAGCAAUCAAUAUUUGUUAUUUGGGAAUUGCAAAGAUUUAGAAUUGAAUGUAUAUUUAUUGUUUCUUUGUUUUGCCCUGUGCCUCCUAUGAAGAGAUUACUGACUCCGCUUGCACAUGUAGGAGCUUAAAGGAACAGGGGUUUGGUGAUUUAAAAAUGUAUCCCAAUGUAUCCAGUAGCCAUCUGUGAGGUCAAGAAUGACGCCCAGGGUUCCCACAUCACCCAUGCACCCAUAUAUCAUUACUGAAAGUGGGGUAUGUAAUGCUUAGUUUCACAAUUCCACAUGCCUGAAGUCCAGGGGCGCUGGGGUAGGGUGCAGGGGAAGAAGGCACUGGCAUCACUGAAGUCAAAGGAAAGGACCAAUAAAGCUCAAUUUGUUUUAUAAUUGUUUUAAUUAUUUCUCUACUUUUUAAAAAUUCUCUUUCCAGUCACCUGGCCCCUCCCUAUUUCAGUGACAUCACUUGCCCUCUUGCCUCUGGCAAGGCUUUCCGAGCACAGGUGCUAAGGGGCAGAUGACUAUUAGGGUUUUUGGGUGGGUAGAGCACUCAUGAACUACUGCACACAGAACAACUGAUACUUUUCCAGGGAAUCCAAGAUGACAGUUCAGCACAAUGCCAGUUUGGGUGCAGGGAACCGGCAAAGCUACGGAUAAAAGAAAAUGAUUCUGCUUUAUUUGCUCUUUAGAGUAAGGACACAAUACUGUCCAUUCAUUGGCAGAUAUAACCUAGCAUGUAUAUGUGCCCUUGGUUUGUGUGUGUGCACCAUGACUCGUAUGAGCCAGAGGGACCUCAAAAUAGUAUGGGAUUUUUUUAUAGAGACUUGCAGUGUUCAGUGGUUUAGUUUUCCUUUAAGCUCAUACAGCAAGCUCACCCACUGCAAAUUAUUCUUCUGUCUGACUUUAAAGUUCUCAUGUAUAUAUGUACCUGUAUAUGAACCUAAUAUCAAACAAGGAAGCUUUUAAUCAGAAUUGCAAUGUUACAAAUAUAUUUUUUUAUAAUCUGACAAAAAUCAAUAAAUUGUUUUACAUGAUAAAAAA